AUGAGGGCGGCUUUGGAACCAGCAGACAUUGCCAUUGUGGUGUUGUAUUUUGUUCUUGUGCUGUGCAUAGGCUUUUUUGCCAUGUGGAAAUACAAUCGAAGCACUAUAAGUGGGUACUUCCUGGCAGGACGAUCUAUGACAUGGGUAGCGAUUGGUGCUUCCUUGUUUGUGAGCAACAUUGGGAGUGAACACUUCAUUGGGCUUGCAGGAUCUGGAGCAGCAAGUGGAUUUGCAGUAGGGGCAUGGGAGUUCAACGCCUUAAUGCUUUUGCAGCUCUUAGGAUGGAUCUUUGUUCCUGUCUACAUACGAUCUGGAGUAUACACCAUGCCAGAAUACUUGUCCAAACGUUUUGGAGGGCAUAGAAUUCAAGUAUACUUUGCAGUGUUGUCUCUGAUUCUAUAUAUUUUUACCAAACUUUCAGUAGACUUGUAUUCAGGUGCAUUGUUUAUUCAAGAAUCUCUAGGCUGGAAUCUUUAUUUGUCAGUUACACUGUUGAUUGGAAUGACUGCUGUGUUGACAGUGACUGGGGGUCUUGUUGCAGUUAUCUAUACAGACACUGUUCAAGCUUUGCUUAUGAUUAUUGGUGCCCUCACACUUAUGGUCAUAAGUAUUACAGAAGUUGGUGGGUUUGAAGAAGUUAAAAGAAGGUACAUGUUAGCAUCACCGAAUAUUACAGCAAUCAUGCUGACAUACAACCUUUCAAAUACAAAUUCCUGUCAUGUUGACCCAAAGCCUGAUGCACUGAAAAUGUUGCGGGAACCAACCGAUGAAGACGUUCCUUGGCCUGGGUUCCUUUUUGGACAGACUCCAGCCUCUGUAUGGUACUGGUGUGCAGACCAAGUAAUUGUUCAGAGGGUUUUAGCAGCAAAAAAUAUUUCUCAUGCCAAAGGCUCUACCCUAAUGGCAGGCUUUCUAAAGCUUUUGCCUAUGUUCAUUAUAGUUGUUCCAGGUAUGAUUUCACGAAUACUGUUUGCUGAUGAGAUUGCAUGUAUUAAUCCAGAACAUUGCAUGCAAGUUUGUGGAAGCAGAGCUGGAUGCUCUAACAUUGCCUAUCCACGUUUGGUUAUGCAGCUUGUUCCUGUUGGUCUGCGAGGACUUAUGAUUGCUGUAAUGAUCGCUGCAUUAAUGAGUGAUUUGGAUUCUAUAUUUAACAGUGCCAGUACCAUAUUCACACUUGAUAUCUACAAACUCCUCAUACGCAAGAAUGCAUUGUCUAAAGAACUAAUGAUUGUAGGAAGGAUGUUUGUUGCUUUCAUGGUAGUUAUAAGCAUUGCUUGGGUCCCAAUAAUUGUGGAAAUGCAAGGAGGCCAAAUGUAUCUCUAUAUUCAAGAGGUAGCAGAUUAUUUGACUCCACCAGUGGCUGCUCUGUUUCUUUUGGGCGUGUUUUGGAGGCGUUGCAAUGAGCAAGGCGCCUUCUAUGGUGGAAUGGUUGGAUUUGUCCUGGGAACUGUACGACUGAUACUGGCAUUUGUCUAUCGUGUUCCUGAAUGUAACCAACCUGACACUAGGCCAGUCUUCAUCAAAAGUAUCCACUACAUGUAUGUUGCUACUGCAUUGUUCUGGAUCACUGGAAUUGUGGCUAUAGUUGUAAGCCUUCUUACAGCACCACCUUCAAAGGAGCAAAUCAGGACAACCACAUUCUGGUCUGUGAAAAACAGGACUGUAAAGGAAAGCACUUCAGCAGAGGAUUCAUUCAAAGCACAAGAGAAGACCAUCUUAAAAUACAAUGAAAAAAUCUCUUCAAAUGGUAAAUCUGAGGAAAAUGUUAAAAGUGAUCAACCUGAAAAUAUCAAUCUUUUAAUUACUUGCACAGAUGACAUCAAUCCAGUGAUUUCUGUAAGUAACUCUGAAGUUGAGACACCCGUAGAUUGCUAUUCUAAUGGACAAGCAGCUCUUAUGGGUGGAAAGAAGACUGAGGAAGAGACCGAAAGUAGUGACAAACACUGGAAAUUCAUAAAUUGGUUUUGUGGCUUUAAAAGUAAAAACAUGAGCAAAAGAGACAACCACGAUAAGGAAGAAGAAGAGAGUGUUUGUCUACAAAUGCUGGAAGAGACUCCAAAAGUUAAAUUACUACUAAAUACUGGACUAGUUUGUGUGUGCUCAAUUGGAAUAUUCAUGUUUGUUUAUUUCUCUUUGUGA